AUGGGGAACUGCGCGGCGUCGCGGCACGCUGGGGAGUCGUGGGCGGACGACGGCGAGUGGGAGGGGGCGUCGUCCACGUCGGAAGACGACCACCACCACCGCCACCACCACCAUGACGCGUCGGAGGAGCACUUGUCGGAGGUGACGAUCAGGAUCACCAGGAGGCAGCUGCACGAGCUGAUGGAGAGGAAGACGCCCGGCGGCCGGGGUAGCAGCACCCGGCAGCUGCUGGCGGACAUCAUGGACUCCGGGGAGGUGCACCACCAUGACGUGCACCGGGAGGAGCACUGGAGGCCCGCGCUGCAGAGCAUUCCGGAGGCCGUCGAGUCGUGA